AUGUUUGGUAAAGGCGAGAGAACAGUUUUGCACAUAAUUGUGUGGGGAUGUUUGAACAUAGCCUUUUGGUUGUCACUUCCGGUAACUACAGCACCACUGGCCGUUCCGGAACUGGACCAUAAGAAACCGACAGCUAGGAUAAUUGUGCAUGUACGACAGAGGCGGUCCAAACACUGGGAUUUCUGGCAGCUAAACAGCAAUAUUUGUCCUCCAUCUUUAUGUUUUUCGUCUGACGAAGGUGGCGAAGAUGUACCAAAACGUCCGAGAGGUACUGCUGGGAGUAUUUUCUAUAAUGGCGACAUCGUCCUUGACCCGUACUCGGAACAAAUUAUAUUUGGUUCGGCGGGAGGACGACGAAGGAAACGAGCCACGGUCCGGAACCGUGAUAAUCUAUGGAAGGACGGUGUGGUUUAUUUCCUGUUUGACAGGGGAAUAAACCCCCUUGCUAGAAAAGCAGCCAAGCGUGCUAUGAAACACAUCAGUGAACGAACAUGCAUUCAAUUCAAGAAAAAGACAAAAGACAAUGAAGAUUACGUUCGCAUCAUCAGUGAACCAGGUUGCUGGUCCAGUGUCGGGCGUCUGGGAGGAGAACAGAAACUUAGUCUUGGCAGGGGGUGUGAGCGGGAGGUUGGAACAGCGGUCCACGAGCUGUUACAUACUUUAGGCUUCUGGCACGAACAUUCUCGACCGGACCGUGACGACUAUGUAGAGAUAGUGUAUCCCAACAUUUCCCCGCGUUACGUACCAGAUUUCUUACCGAUCAACGAGACGUUGUCUAAACCCCGAGGGUUUCCGUAUGACUAUAAAAGUAUCAUGCAUUACAAGGACCGAACGUUCACCAACAAUGGCGGGAAAACGAUCAGGGUGAUUGGUGUUGGGAAGAGCAUGAAGUUGACCAUUGGUCAGAGGGAUGGAAUGAGUGAAAUUGACAUCGCUCAGCUGAAGGAUAUGUAUUUCUGCAACCAAAAACAGGACAAGAAUGAGACAGUUUGUCCUAAAGAUUGGGUAAAGUUCCAGACUAGCUGUUACCAGUUUAUUCGAGGUCCCAGAAAGCAGUUCGCGGGAGCACAGAAGGAAUGUCAGCGAUACAAUGGCCACCUGGUGGCUGUAGACAAUCAAUACGAAAACAACUUCCUCAAUAAAUACAUCAAGCAAAAUUUCCCCAACAUAAGGAAUUGGCGCACGGGUGGACGUCGUAUCAAUGGUACAUUCUACUGGGACCAGGGAGGUGUCGACGACCUACGUAAACUUGACUUCCGCUCAGACUGGUUCACCUUUGACCCUAAAAGGUACACCUCCAUAGUUCUAAGGAUGAACGCAAAGACAGAUAACUUGGAAUGGAAAGGAGAUUGGGUAGGAUCGGCCAAACAACUUCCGAAAUAUGCUUACUCCUACAUAUGCGAGAGACCCGCCAAACGUAAAUGUAUCAAGGGAGAUCAUCCUGAUGGGCGGGACUACCGUGGGACGUUGGAUCACACACGAGACGGCAUCACUUGUCAAAACUGGACAUCCCACUAUCCCCACGACCACAAACUUGUCGACUCGGAUGCCGUUGAAGAGGAUAAGGAUGGGAUUGGACCUCACAACUUCUGUCGGAACCCCAUGUCCCGCAGGAGAAACCGUCCAUGGUGCUUCACUAACAAACUGAAGGAGACAUGGGGAUACUGUGACGUUAGCAUUUGUACACGGGCAUUCAAAGAAAAUGCCGGCGAUAAUGGUGAUACAAAUACUGACAAAGCGCGGGUUGAUAUGGACAAUACUUUAAGUUCUGUUCCUCAAGGUACUCAUAAUCGGGACAGCAAUGUUGUGCCACGCCAGACCAGGGAUAAAAAUACGUUUGAUCAGGAAGUCUUUAGCAAGUGGGAAUCGCAGAUAGCAGACGCGAACAAAUCUAAUAGCGAUAAGGGUAGACGCAGAGGUCAUCAGCGGUCCACUUCAUCAAAAGAAAAGAUGCAGAGAGACGGAAGGGCUAGAAACCGGAAAAAUAGUAGAGGUGGUAGGAAUAACCACGGACGCGACAGGCGAUACCGGAACUGGAAGAGCUGA